UCCUGUACAGUUUCUGAUUAAGGUCCAUCUCUCUCUGUGUAUUUUAUUAUACCCAACCAUGCCUCCCAGGAAAGUAGAGCCCAAGAAAGAAGAACCCAAGAAAGAAGAACCAAAGAAAGAAGAACCCAAAGCUGCACCAAAGCCCCCACCACCAGAACCAGAAGCACCCAAGGAAGUUCUGUUUGAUCCAUCAUCAGUAACAAUUGAAUACUCACUAGAUCAGAUUGAGGAAUUUAAGGAAGCUUUUUCUCUCUUUGAUCGGACCCCUAAAAGUGAAAUGAAAAUCACCUAUGGACAAUGUGGAGAUGUCAUGAGAGCUUUGGGACAAAAUCCAACUAAUGCUGAAGUUUUAAAAGUCCUUGGCCGCCCCAAGCCUGAAGAAUUAAAUACAAAGUUGAUGGAUUUUGAUACUUUCUUGCCAAUGCUCCAACAUGUAUCUAAGUCCAAGGAAAAGGGCACCUAUGAAGACUUUGUUGAAGGUCUCCGUGUCUUUGAUAAAGAAGGAAAUGGAACUGUUAUGGGGGCUGAACUUCGUCAUGUCUUGGCUACGCUAGGUGAAAGGAUGACAGAAGACGAAGUUGACAAGUUAAUGUCUGGACAGGAAGAUACAAAUGGCUGUAUCAAUUAUGAAGCUUUUGUGAAACAUAUCAUGGCAAGCUGAUCACAAGCCAAAGUUGAACCUGCUGAUUAUUGGAUUCCAACAUUGCUUUUCAACAUCAACAUGGUUCCUCCAUCAACACAUACAAAUAUUCAUUGGUUACCAUUUAUCAAAACAAUUUGAACUUUCUAUACAAACUAGUAUUUUUUUUAAUCCCAAGGUUGCCAAAAAGAUCUGCAACAUUUUGGAAAGUACAGAGUUAAAUAAAUAAAAAGGAAUGUUUAUGUUUCCCCUAAAAAGGAAUGUUUAUGGAAUGCUAUUGUAUUCCUUUAAAAGGGAAUGUCAAUGAAAAUGUAUACACUGAGAAUAUAUUUAAUAAUUUUACCUUGUUAAAAACAUUAUCAUAAUCAUCCUUUCUGGAGUCUGACUGUUUUUACAUAAAACAUUUUAGAUAUUUAAAUUUCUUAUGUAUAUGAAAAAAACUGCAGUCAUUUUCCUUUUUUGGGGAAUGCAUAUGAAAAUGUACACAAUGAGACCAUAACUAAUAAUUUUACCGUUUUGAAUACAUUUGUCAUAAUUUCAUCCUUAAUGAUUUCCUAUCCUUCUAGAAGUCUAAUUUUGUUUUAUAUAAACUGUUUUAGAGAUGAAACCUUUCAUAGACAGAUCCUUAUGAACACUGGACAGUGAUUCCCAAGGAAACCAAAAAAGAAAACUAAAUUUCAUUUGAAUGUUUCAAAUAGAACAGAAUGAACAUUAAAUCCAAUAUUUCAUUUGAUGUAUUACUGUAAAGCUAUUGGUAUGUCAAUGUCAUUUCCCUAUUCAAUUUGUUAAAGGGAUAUAUAGCUCAUUGCUCAAUUGUUUAUGUAUAUAAAUAACACAGUUAAACAUGUUAACUAUAUUUUGCAUGAAGGGUUAUGUAAAAGCUGUCACAUUUAAAUUGAUGCUCAUAAAUCUGUUGAACAAUGGCUGAUGAAGUAAACUCGCAAAACAAAGCAUAUUUUUUUUAGAUAUUCUUUUUUAGAUGGAUGAGACUGAGAAACUAUUUGAGCACAAUGUCCCUUUAAUUAUCCCUUUUAAUGAAUAUAUAAAUUAAAGAUUAUUUUGUAAGUUAUUGCAUUUUCAGUAAAAAAAACAAAAUAUUCUACCCAGAUGACAAUAGCUUUACCAUAACUGAUUAGCACAUAUAGCUAUUUAUACAACACAAAAUAUUGUAAAACAAAAAUCUUACUAUGAGAUUAAAGGCUGUUAAAGCCUAUCUAGUAUGUGUUAAACUAUUUAUCCCAAUAAAAUAUUGCAAACUU